CCACGGUGGUUGUUUUGGCGAGUGCCCCUCUGUUGAGCUCCCCCUUAUCCGUUCUUCUCACUCCUUUGCCCGACAGAAAAACACCGUGUCCCCCCCGCCCCUUACACACACACGCACACACGGUUAGCUUCGGUAAAAGCUCGGGGGGAGGAAUCUCGCGAUUGUUGGAUUUUUUUUCCCCGUAAGGGGAGUGAUUUGGAAGAUGGCGCCCGUUGUAACUGGGAAGUUAAGUGAGCACUAUCAGCCUCUGCGUUUAACCAG